AAAAUGGUGUCUUUUUUAAGCAAAAUCAUUCACUUUGGAAACUAGUGACGACCCUUUAGCUACCAAAAUGGUUUCUGUCAUCCCUCCUUCUGCUUGAGGGUACUGUGUGAAAUUCACACGCACUCAUCUCCGUCACUUUGUAAUCUAAAUUUUUAUGUGGCACAUAUCCCGUUCGAUGAAAUGUCAAUAUAAAUAUUCAGACCAAAUCUUGGCUGUAUAUCUGUAUUUAUGAGUAAUAUUCGUUUGAAGGUGAGAGAGAGAGAGAGAGUAGUAUUAUAAAAGGGCUGUAAGAUUCCAAGGGAAAAGCUGUGUCUUUAGGGUUUUGCUGGAGCUGCAAGAAGCGGGUCCAUUUCUAUUAUACAUAUAAAGGGGGUUGUCAUCUUCAGCUUCAAGGUAGGUGAAGGCUCAAAAAUAUAUAUCAUAUAUAUAUUUAUAUAAAGUUACUGGUUUCGUCAUAUUUUCGUAUUAUUGAACAACCAGUUGUUUCGUUUGGGGCUUUCCUAUCUGAAAACGAAUACUCGUUGUUUCUUUAUUAGAACUAGCCCACCUGCUGCUGUAUCUAUCUCAAAACAUAUUUUCAUUUUUUUUUUUCUUUGCACAAAAUUGGGGAGCUGUAUAAGUUGCCGUUUUAUGAGGUUUCUGGUGGUGGGAGAUGUGUGUUGUUCAGUCAUUUAGUGGGAUUUGUUUGUGGGGAAUGUUGAGAUGGUUUGUCCCAAAAUAGAAAUGCAAGGGCAAAGAUGGUUUUCUGGGCAGCUUGCCCACACCCAUUUGAAAAUUUCUUGGAUUAAGCAUCAAAUCAAUCAGAAAGAUGGUGUCUUGGCAAACCCCCCUCCAUUUGUUCUUGCACCACCUUCAUCUUAUGUUGAUGGCAGCAGUUUCCACAGAGAGUCAGGCCCUUCUCCCUCUUCAUCUGGGACAAGAAUCAGCCCUGCUGUUCUCUUCAUUAUAGUGAUUCUGGCUGUGCUUUUCUUCAUAUCUGGUCUGCUCCACUUGCUUGUGAGAUUUCUCACCAAGAACCCCUCCUCGUCUCAGUCGAAUCGGAAUGUUGAAUCUUCUACCUCUGAUGCCCUCCAGAGGCAGCUGCAGCAGCUCUUCCAUUUACAUGACUCUGGUUUGGAUCAAGCUUUUAUAGAUGCGUUACCCGUGUUUUCGUACAAGGAGGUUGUGGGGCCGAAGGAGCCGUUUGAUUGUGCAGUUUGCUUGUGUGAGUUCACGGAGAGUGAUCAGUUGAGGUUGCUUCCCAUGUGUAGCCAUGCCUUUCAUUUGAGCUGCAUUGACACCUGGCUCCUCUCGAAUUCAUCUUGCCCUCUUUGCAGGGGGACACUCUUCAACCCGGGAUUCUCGAUAGAGAAUCCAAUGUUCGACUAUGAUGACUUCAGGGAGGAGGAUGGAUGCCCUGGUUAUGGUGAUAAUGGAUUCUCGAUUGCUCAAAAGAGGGUGGAGAUCGAGGAGGUUGCUACGGAGAAGGGGGUCUUUCCCGUUAGGCUUGGGAAGUUUCGAAAAUUAGAUGAAACCGAAGGGGGGGAAGCCGUAGGAGAGACUAGCAGCAGUAAAUUGGAUGCUAGGAGGUGUUACUCGUUGGGUUCUUAUCAGUAUGUAGUUGGUGAUGCUAACCUUAGGGUAGCCUUGAGCCAAGAACGAGCUCAGAAUCGAGCAAAGCUCGUCAGAGGGGCCGAGCAGGCUGUCAAUGCUCCGGCCGAUGAAAACACGGAUGGGAAGAAGAUUAGUAUUGGCACAAAGACUGAUAGCUACUCUGUUUCCAAGAUUUGGUUGUGGUCAAAGAAGGGGAAGUUCGCAAGCUCCUCGGGCGCCCACUUGGAGAAUUCGUCGCCACCAAACCUCGACUUAUCCUGGAUGCGUAGAACCGAAGGCGUCUGAAAGGUCUUUUUAUUUUUUGAUUCAUCAUCCAUCAUCAGUUAAAUGGCAGUUGUUUGGCUUAUUUUUGUUAUGAAAAGAAAUUGGCUGCAUGAUUGGAAAGAAUUUGGUAUAGCUAUAUAAUGCAUCAGAGUUCCCUAUCAA